AGGAAAAGUGUACCUCAGCUAAAAAGGAUUGGAAGCAGGCCUCUGUACGAAAUAGGUCGAUUACGAAUACCAUAGUUUGUCUACUGGCGCAUUGGUUGACCAAAUACGUCGCUGUGUGUGCUCGACUAUCAGUAUACACAUUGUGUAAGUGUUACACGCGAAAAACAUGACUGAGUCUAGCGUCCUGACGGGCGACCAGCGCACAAGCAUGACCGCCGGAUACGAUAACACUCAACCGAACAGUCCAAUGCAUACGCAGACUGGCGCAAUGAUGAGUCAGACCGGCGGGUAUUGUUUUCUGGAAUUGUGAGUGUGGCUUGUUGUUCUUCUGUGACUCCGGGAUUCAUAGAGCGUGAUGUGCUGUGAAAGGUCUGACUCUGAAAAGGUAACUAAGGACACUUCGUCUACCCAUGAUGAACAUAUUGUCAAGUAUCUCUUUUAGUCCACCUUCACAGGCCUCUUGCUCUUGCAUCUGGAGGAGGCCAGGCUGGCAUGCCAGCCCACAUGCAAGCUGUGGCGACGCUGUUUACACGCAUCGGAAAGGAAAUCGAGGUCAAGAAUCCGUCAAAUCCGAUACACUUCUUAAGGCUGCGGGGAGACAAAAUAGCCGAGAAUCAUAUGGGUGCAUUAUAGAUUGUGAAAACUGAUGUACCAGGAAUUGGCAUGCUAGCCAAUGAUAGGGAAGAGCCACAAUUGUGAGGAAUCUUGGCCGUCCCUAAUAGGUGCUGCAGCUAUACUAUAGUAUCUGGCUCUGAGAUGAUCCCUCUAAUUCCGAUCGUCGAUUUUCUCUGUAAGAACUAUUCGGAACACCUGCAUGGUUUUGCCUCAAUAUGGAACGCUGAUCCUGAACUAGAACAAGAGCGGCAAGAAGUCGUGCAAUUUUUCAAGCAUCACAAGAUCAGCACACAGGUUUUGCUGGAUACUUUUACUUACUUCGCUGGUGGGUCUUACUUAUUCUUCUUCGAAAGAUUCUGUUUGUUUGAGGGGAUAUUACGUCCUUUGGUCUUCCUCGGUCUAUCCUAUUAUACUUGAAGAUCCUUGUCGAACGAGUAACUCGAUCGUGGAUGGUUCCACCACACCACAAAGCAAACUUCCGCUCCCAAAGGAUGAGACCAUUUGCAAUGGAUGUGUGAGUUCUGAGCUUGCUUAGGCAGGCACAGGACCAUGAUCCAUGUGCAAAGUUUUUGGAUCAACCAGGUUUCUGAUCAGGAAGUUGUUGUUUCGUGGUGGAAUAUGAUGAUAGAUGUGAAUAAGUAUGCACGCACCCCCAGUUCUUCCGGUGCAAGUAUCACUGCUACUGCUCUUAUGCUCCUACGAUCGGUAGUUCCACACUGUUUCUUACAUGCGCACUCUCACACAUGAUGACACUCUUGAGAUUCGAUUUUUAUCACCGUUUCUCAAACAUUCGCAGUAAAGGUCCGAAGAUGUGGCUCCUCUUAGGAGCUGCAGUUGAUGGACAAAUUUUCCUUAGAUGUCUGACCGUGAAAAGUGCGCUCAUAAGUCUCUCGAUUCUGCCUUCCACUCCAUUCUUGUCUCUUUCCAAGAGCCUCUCUGUUUCGAUCUACUGUUUUCGUGCCACCAUUUCGUUGCAGUCUCUCCGCACUUGAGCGCUUUAGGACGUCCAUUCCUCAGUCAAUCGGACCGGGGCAGUCUGCGCUGAACUCUGUGCGAGAUUAAUUGUAUUGUAUAGCGUUGUACUUGGACUCGAUCCUCCUCUUUCUGUUCCCAGAUAUCAGCCCACUUCACUAACGCUGGAUAUGAUACUUUGGAGACGCUAGCAACGCUAACUACCGAUACGUUGGUCGACAUAGAGUCUUUCAAUAGUGUCAAGUGGCUUCCAGGUCACAAAGUAAGGUUGCAGCAAGUCUUCUCAGACAUAGGCGAGCGAGUGCGGGAGUUCCGUCAGCGACAGCCCAUUUCCGGUGGGGCCUCUUUUCUUAUGGUUCACAUUGGCAGAUUUUUCACGUUGAUUUCCGAUGGUUCAUUCCACAGCAGCCUCUCCCAUUUCUAAUUUUGCCCACCAACUCCAAGCGGAUCUAGCAGCGCAACAGCAAGCGAUGUUGCGGCAUUCUUACAUGCAGCAGCAGAUGUUGCAGCAGCACCAAGCGCAACAGACAGCUUUGGCUGCCGUCACAAGAGCAAGUACACUCUUAAACUUCAUCUUCCGUGCUUCGGUAGGGUUUCCACAUCUCCAUCUCCAAUGAUGACAAAUUUUUCGGACUAGAGUUUUUGAGCUCGGUCUAUGAUCUUGUAAAGGUAAUUUGCGCCUGAAGGAGAUGGUGAUUGGAUUUCUUGCUGCUAAAAACAAUGUUCUGUAAAGCUUGCUAGUCGACGAUGAUAUCUGAAUAUUUUUGCCGAAAGAUCAAAACGCCUUUGGCCAUUUCUGCUAUGAAGCUUGCACCAGCAGCCGACCUCCGGACUAACAGCAGCGGGCUGGCUCGCAGAGCUGACCGACCAAGGAAUAGCCCCUGCCAAGAUCGAACAUCUAUUAGGCUCCAGAUGCGAUCACGCGUACACCAGGAGGAGAAAAGGUGAGCCCCUAGAAAUAAGCGAGCUAUGCCUUCGCAUGGAGGAGCGCUACGUAGAUGGGCCGGGCAUCCCGCCACCACGCGACGAGCAACAGGAAACCACGCCAGGAGCAGAAUCCGGGUCGCGUAGCACGCCAUCUGCCGGGGUCUCCUCCCAGGAGAGUACCAGCCUGAUCGAGCAGACAGAGAUCAACAGUUCGCAGGACGGAGACGAGGAGCAUUCUCCUCCAGAAAAGCGUCGCAGGGUCACCUUCGCGGACACGGGCAGAGUUCCAAAGGCGCAAGGAGGCUGCAAGACCUCCGACACCACAUUCCGCAAGAACCAUCGAGGGAAGCCGCCCGCGACGGGCAUCUACCCAGGAGACCCCAGCUUGCCACCCGUUGACGAAGCAGCAACCGCAGAGCCCACAGCACUCCGCAUUGUGGACCGUGGCGGAAAUGGAGACUGCUUAUAUCUCUCCCUGGCUGCUUCACUUGAAGAAAUCAAAGCGGUGCCAUCGAUCACCGCGACGGAGUUGAGGCAAGUGGCCAGCUCUUGGCUACGUCGACACAUGGACACGACCCUUCCGGGAGAUUGGGGAAUUGUUGUUCGCACGGAGCUCCGUAUGGCAUUGCGCACCAAGAUCGGCAAGGACCACCCGACAGACGACGAGCUGGCUACCAUGGUGAACACCCCAGGGACGUGGGCUGGAGACACAGAGAUCCAGGCGAUCUCUGACGCGCUCGGAGUGACCGUGAAAGCGUAUGUUGCACGUGGAGACGCCCGCUACGCCAAGGAUGGCGACAGUAUUGACCCCAUCGCGCAUGACGUUCGGGCCUUCGUUCCGCUGUCAGGUUCGGCCAGUGCCGACCGCGUGGCACGGCUGUGGUUUAACGGUCGAGACCACUGGCGCCAGUGUUCCACAAGGUUAGGCGAUCGCCAUCGCGGGGGCGGAAGAUGGUGUGCCGCGGAAGUGCCGCAGCUUCGCCCCCCCAGUCAACAGACGCUACACACAAGCGCGCCGGGUAGGUUGAUUAUGGAAGCCUUCAACGUCAAUGGCUUGAUCGGGAAAGUCACGACGCUAACGGAGCAGCUCAGAGGCAAGGACCUCGUUGUCCUCACGGAAACACACCACGCCACGCGAGAGCAGCUACAGAACGUGCUGCGGCCAUUGAAGAAGAUCGACUUGCAUCUUGCCGCGUCUUCUCCUGGUAGUCGCGAGACCAGUGCGACGAACCAACCAGAUCGUCGCUUCAAAUGCAGUGGGGGCGUAGCCAUCCUGCACUCGUCCAGGUGCGGUCUUGCGCCGUCCAGGCCGGGCGCCGAGUCACAGGCCAAGACGCCAAGUUCUACCUUGGGCAAGAUCCACCCAUCGCCAGACGUCUGCUUUGCUGAUUUCUCCGCGCCAUGCGAACCAGCGGGCACAAGUUGGGCUGUCUUCCGAGUGCUCGGCAUCUACGCGCCACCACGAACACGCUUAGACCGACACCGAAUCUCUGCGCUCGAGUGGUCGAGUGGGACUCUCUUGGUUGCUGGCGACCUGAAUCCGCAUACCGGCUACCGUGAGUGGCUGGACAAAAACGAGCUCACGGAGCUUCAGAGUGGCAAUACGUAUCCGUCCCACUCGCCGCGCACAUGCCCAGACCGUAUCCUCUGGCGAUCCAGCGGCGACCCCAUCUUCUCGAACCUCCUCCAAGACACGGAAGAAGGGCAUGGGCAUGCGUUCCCGGUGCCAGGAACAGGCCUCAGUGACCAUCGCCCUCUGGUGUUAGGGCUAACGAUAGGCCACCCUCAUUGCCUUCCAGAGAGGAAACGCAGAUACCGCUGGCACGCCGUGGAAGAGUCGCGGAUCGUGGAUCACCUGCACCAGCUCCACGACAGUCUGCUACAGGAUGAGACCUACUACGAGACGUCCGACGUAGAGGUGCUGGAUCACCUCCUUACCGAGACCGUAGUCACAGCCUUCGGCCCUUACAAGAGACGCGUGCAGCCAGUAGCACUCGCUCCGCCGACGCCCAGCCGAUCCAUCGUCGAACAAGAUGGCAGUGGUUCAAGUGACGAGGAAACAGAAAGCGCCCGGCAGAAUCUAGACGCUGGCAAGCGCCAGGCUUGGCGUGACUUCAUAAGCAGUCUCCGCGUCACAGCCCCAAGCGGAUACUGGAGGCACCUCGCGCGCCUGGAUGGCCGCAUGCCUCUACGUGCUCCACUUCGUCCCUUGCAAGAUGGGAGCCGCACAUACUCCACUGCACAGGAGCAGGCAGAUGCGCUGGGGGUAAACUACGCCACCAAGUACCAAAUCAGUCACGACCAUGGCAGCCUCACGGCGAAAGAGCAUGCAGAGCUUCUCGGGGAAGCCCAAGAUGCCGAAGAAGGCCAGGAGUCAGAUUAUGUUGUCACCCGCGACGACAUCAUUGCGGCCUUACACAGCGUUCACUUGGACAAGGCGCCGGGUAUAGAUGGAAUCCCAAUGGGAGCCUGGGGGCUCGGUCCCCUUCCAGACAUGCUGGCUUGGCUCUAUCAGUGCAUUUACUCCAGCUCCCGACUGCCGCGGAGCUUCGGCGAUAUCGAGCAGAUAUUCAUCGACAAGCCAGGGAGACUACUAGACCCGCGCCUAUCGUCUAAGCGACCGAUUGCGUUGAUUAAAACCAAAGCGAAGCUUCUCGAGAAGGACUGCCUCCUACGCCUACAGAGAGUUCAUGGGCACCACGUCCCCAGACGCUGUCCGAAGGUCACCCAGUAUUCGUACCAGCCCCAUACUGGCGCCGAGCACGCCUGCCUUCACCUUGUGCAGUUAGCUGAGCGGGCCGCGCGGGAGAAGAAAGUGCACGCGCUAGUGUCGCUCGAUGUCCGAGGGGCGUUCGACAGUGUGUGCCACCGAGCUCUGCUGAGAAACCUGCAGCGGAAAGGGGUGUGCGUAAUUGCGCGCCGCUAUCUCUGGGCUUGGCUCAGAGGCCGACGCUUCAGGCCCCGCGUAGCAGGGCAGUACGGAUCGUGGUAUCAACUUACCACCGGCGUACCACAAGGAGGAUGCCUGAGCCCGUGGCUUUGGAAUGUGGUGCUCGAGUUCUUACAUCUAGAAGUGCCUGGGGUGGAGCUGGUACUGUAUGCGGAUGAUCAUACUCUCCACGUUAGCGGCAAUACCUACGCAGAAGUGGCAGCAUCGGCCCGGAAGGCAAUAGACGCCAUCAGCAACUACAUCGCAGUCCUUGGGUUAUCUCUGGACGAAGAAAAGCAAAAGGGGUUCUUCUUCGCCGAGGUUAGUUCCUUCUUGCGCAGGCCCUCCGACACGUUCCAAGCAGGUCGCCCAAGGAAACGCGCCUGCGACAACAGCGACGCCGCAGACAACCCAGAGGAGCACCCUCUUCCGGCUACCGUCGUCUCGUCGCUUCGCGUCUUAGGCGUCCACUUCGAUCCGAGCCUAUCUUUCCGCAGUCACGUGGACCAACUUGUACGCAAGAUCGAGCCACGACUAGCCGUGCUCAAACGUCUAAAGGCACUCAGAUGGGGCGCAGAGAUGUCGCUGCUCUCCUUCACAGCAGUCGCACUAAUCCAGCACAUAAUCGCCUACGGGAUUGAUGCCUACGGAUACACCAUAGAGCAGGAAGCUCUCCUGCGCAUUAACGUCAGAUGCAUUAACCCAGCGGCCAGGGUCGUUACUGGGGCCGGGCGCUCCACACGCCGCGAGGCUCUCUGGCUGACAAGUGGGCUUCAUUCGGUCUACAACGUCCUCACAUAUCGCACGGCGACCACCUUAGACGCUGUCCUUCGCGGUCCGCCAACAGGCCUCCAGCACCUCUCGUGCCCACAGGUACCGGGUCUCAGUCGCACCGCAGGCCGCGCACUACGCGCCGGCCUUAGGCUCAUGGAGCUCUCGACUCCAGUUAGCACGCACGCGCUGUCGGGUGAAUCGGCGGCCACCAUGGCUAUGGUGAAAGCGAUCCGACACUGGGGACGCCCGAAGGACAAGACAAGCGAUCCAGUGCCCCCUCUGUCGAAGCCGAUGUAUCACAGCUAUGCGCCCGAGUUGCCGCCGCCCAGAUGCCUUGCCGGAGAGUGGGUAACACAGGCGAUCGCCUCACUUACGGCCGCUGGAUGGUCUGCGGGCUCGGUUGAAUGCUUUCAGUCGUGGCAGGCGCCGCCCAUCGUUCGCGAGCGCUUGACUCUCGUAUACACAGACGGCCCGGAGUCGGCGGCCCCCCUCCGGCGCCGCAUCCACGACCCAGAGGAGCUCGUAGUUACCACCGACGGAUCCCUCAACGCGAACCAAAUUGGAGCGGCAGGGGCUGUCGUCUUCUACCAGGGUGAGGCUGUUGCGGAGGUGGAGCUAUACGGCGGCGUCCCCUCCAGCUACUCCAUGGAAACCAGAGCCGCCACGAUGGGUCUUCUCUUGGCUGUCGCAAAGAACAAACACGAGGAGCAAAAAGGCUACGACAGGGCGCGGCAGGGGCUCAGGCUCACCCUGGUCACGGAUUGCCGCAGUCUCGUGGAUAUGCUUUCCAACGCGUGCGCCGGCAGAUCUGACUUAGGCGGCGCGGAAACGCAGUGCCUCAGGGUGUUAGUGGCUGCCUGCUCGGCCUUACACGAAGUACGCAUCCAGUGGAUUCCCGGCCACGUCGGCUGCGCUCCUCAUGACGUAGAGGAUGCCAUAGUCUCGCACGCCACUCGCUGCGCGUCGCCUGGUAUAUUGGGCAGCUGGCCUUUCAAUCCUACCCCGGCGUGCUUACGGGCGUCGAUCAAGUGCAAGCUUGCAGAAGAGGAGGCGGCCACCCUUCGGGCUCUGGCGCUUGCAGUGCCCAGCUUCAGCGGCGCGGCGGUUAGCAAACUGCACGUCACCAGAAAGACGCAUCGGAACAUGCUCCGCAGCAUUCUAGCGCAGUGGGCGGGAGCUGGUUCAAGAAGGGCCCAAGUUGCGGGCGCCACCUUGGUCAAUGGGUCCCGGAACAAAUGGGUCACGGAGUCUGGUCUUCGUCUCCGGCCAUGCAGUUUAUGCCAGCGCUAUGCGGAUACGCCGGCUCAACUCUUGGCUUGCACCCAGAGAGUGCGCUUCCCGGUUACAGCGGAAGAACUAGCCGCGUGGUCGUGUGCGAUCGCCGAAGAAGAAAUCGCACUGGAGGCGGACGCUGGCGAGGAGUAGCCAGCCGUCGGCUGGCUCUCCCUUGCAGUUUUGACGUUUUGUUGUUUUGCCCUCGCUCUUGCGGUUCUGAAGAUGCCCCUCCUAUCCAGUCUCGAUAUGCAGUUUUGACCUUUUGGUUUCCGAUUUUGCCUCCCCCCGAAUUCGUUGCCCCGCAAUUUUGUCGAUUUUGGCUUCAGAUGUGCGCGGAUCCUCACGCAGCAACCAUCGCAAUUUUGUCGCUCCCGUUCUUGUACUCCAGGGCGGGAACCGGACUGACAGCAGUGCCUUGGCGUGGCGGUCCGGCUUCUAACUAAACUGCUGAAUUUUGCCAAUAACCAACUCUGCGCCUUGGAGGCGCUCCGGACCUUAAGGUAGUCCUUAGGCUGGCUCCUAUUGUCUUGCACCGGAUGCAUGGUGCGUGGAGUACUGUAGUGAACAGCCCACCAAACCCCGGGCUCACCUUGCCCCCGCUAUUAUUAUUAUUAUUAUUAUUUCUGCUAUGAUGACAACUCUUUUUGUCUUUCGCCUCUAACUGAGAAGUUUUUGUGCGGAGUACAUAACCUCUAAGAAGUUCUGAACCAAAAGGGAAGUUUGCACCUUUUCUUCAUCAACCCUCUUCGUGAUCGAUCCUCAGGUCAGCAAUGCGCUCUGCCUGCCAGUACAACAAGCACUAGUUCCGUAGUACCUCCUGCGACAAGUUACAUCUCGAGCUCAGGCGCUCCCAUUCCUACCUCGUUGCCACCGACACCUUCUGUAUCAAGCGCUUCUGGCGUGACAUCGUCUUACUUAUGAAAUUUUCGAAAAAACGCUUCUGGCGUGGCAUCGAAAAAUUUGUGAAAGUAGAAGUUAAUUGGAUCCGAGAAAUUGCUCUUGCAUUGUUUCAGAAGUCCACCCUUACGACCUGCUCUAAAAUGUAUAUCGACACCCGGAAGUGUUGUUCCGACAAUGAUUCCUGCAGCGGGUCCUCUCGCUGCACCGACGGGCUUCAACAUACCAGGAAUUCGCAUAUCAUCGUCUACGGCUAGUGCGGCAAACGGUGCACCAGCUGCCGCAACGACGCCAGCUUCGACGUGACGCUGGCCCACGGCGAUGUAGGAGACUAUGAUAUUUUGAAUACUUUUGACGCACCGCAUGCGUGUAGAAGGGAGGCUCUAAGAGCUUUAGCAGUUUUUUCAAGGAUACUUUCUCUCCAUGGCAAACCAAAUCACUUUUCCUCACAAUGCCGGAACAAUUUUCCAACUAAGAUUAACACGAGCCGCAAAUCAAUUUCACUUAAAUCACAGGGAUCAGAACCUUGAUCAGAUAAAGCCAAUCCAAGAACAAAUCCAAAUU